AUGCGGAAGGCUACAAGUUGUUUGUAUGGCCGAUGUUUUGAGCAUGAGAAAGAAACGUUUCAGCUUUGUGAUCUCAAACCUGGCGACCAUAUCGUACAGCAAAGUCUCUUUAGCUUGGCGACGACGUUUUGGCAUCACAUGAUCGUUGAGAAUAUAGAUGAGAAGCAGAUCAAUGUUAUUCACUAUUAUCAUGAUCUAGAGCCGUUAUGGAAAUUCCCGUCUGUCUGUCGUACUUCGUUAACAUUUAUCCCAGACAGGUACGUAUAAGCGACAAUUAAGGCUGGUGUACAUUAGCAAAGUUUCUGUGAUCACAGUAGGAAUUUUGCAAAGGUAAAUUCUAAGUUUUGAAGGAUUUGUAAGAAAUGUUCGAGGAAACUGACUAAUCCCUCAAACAUUUCUUACAAAUCCUCGUUGAUCAAAAUUUGUUACGAACAUUAAUUGGUAGCUAUACUUGGCUACCAAUAUCUUCACAAAUUUGUCCUUCAUUGCGAUAAUAUACAUAAACAAGUCAUGAUUAUUAAAAGAACAAAACGAUUGAUUUAUUUAAGGUUAAGCUUAUUAUUUAUAUGAACGAAUUUUGUCUCUUAUAAAGUUGUACUGUACAUCUGUAUAACUAUAACAAAUGUUCAAUAGAACUAUAUACUGUUUUAAGCCUGCUUUGCAUAUGGUCGUAAAAAUUGAGUCACGAUCUUUCUCAACGGCCAGUUUAUAAUAGUUUAUACCUGUAAACCACAUAUAAAUCAUAAGUAUUCUCUAGUUAUAAUCACUCCGCGUAUUUUCAGUUCUAAAAUGUUGUAUUUCGACUGAUGAGAAAGAUCAUGACUCGAUCUCUACGACAAGUAUGGAAACUAGGGUUAACCUAUAGGUGAAAAGUCUUCUAAAGUCUGGUACGCAAGGUACAAGUUUCUGAAGCAUUUUCAUUCAGUUAUCUAAAAGUUUAUUAUUAUUAUUAUUUAAUCUUCUUUAAAAAAACAACGGUAGCCCUUCAGCAUAGAUAAGAGCUGUUUUCCAAGGGGCCGUUGCACAAUACAUAUUUACAAAAAAAGUUUGGGUUAAUAAUUACAAUUAGUAUAUAGUUACAAAUUACACAUUACCGUACCUCCGGUACGUAAUUACAAGUAUGAGUUAGAACUAUUGUUCGCAGGCUAAGUUAGAACAAGGGGCAAAACUUGGCUGGAAAAAAGAAGUAUACGGUCUCUACCAGACCGUAAUAUUGGCGUACCUCCGGUGCGUAAGUACGCGAUUUAGUGCGCAACAAACUUUAACACAUAUUUGUAUUUCACACAGGUUCUACCGUAUCGUGUAUGACGAAAGCGAAUGCCUACCAGCUAACGAAGUUUUGAAGAAGGCAGAAACAAAGCUUGGAGAAAAGAAUUUCUGUCCAUUCACCAACAACUGCGAACACUUUGCCAACGAAUGUAAAACUGGCGAGAAAGAAUGCCGUCAGAUUUGGACCUCAAUUGAAGAUCUGGGAAAAAACGCAAUCUCAAGCAUAACAUCAUUUCUAGACAGAGCUAGAAAAUGGUUUCGAAUGAUGCUGCGCUCUGAGAAUAGUUGGUUCCGACAACUAGGGGUCACAGAACUUGUGGAAUAUGGUGCGCAAUUUUGUACUGGAUUGUCGAUUUUUGUUGCUUUUACCGUCGAGGUCGUCCUACUGGGUAAGAAUAUGCUGGACGUCUCUGAG